UGAACGUGUCGAGUAUUCCCAGAGGAAGUGCAGCCCGUGCGGAUGCUUGGGCUUGAAGGAAAAUUUCAUUAAGGCAGUUGUGACCUUGGUGUGGUCUGAAGUCUUCUACUGCUGCUCCUCCACCUGACACGAAGAGAGCCAGAGGGACAGAGCAGAAAUGCCACCAUUGGAUGGGCAGCCUGGACACCACCAGACAUCAACACAGCUCUGAAACUGCAGUGAAGGUGUGCAGAAGAGGCGUUGGGCUUCGGCCAGCUCGCAGCCUCCUGGGCCCGUCCUCCGCCCCAAGCAGGGACACGGGCUCCCGCCUGCGCGUGGGCGAUGGGUCCCCGAGCGCCGCCGCGGGGGCCACCCGAGAUGCGCGGCGCCGAGCCGCUUGCCCCCUCCCCCGCCGAGGCGGGGUUGAGCGGCGCCGACGGGGAUCGGCAUCCCCGUGACCGCGGAGCCAAUCAGGGCGCCGCGCUGGCGCUGCCGGCGUGUCUCCGCCUGCUGCUGCCCGUCCGCGGAGAGGUGCGGAGAGCGAAGCGCAGCGUUACCGCGGCAGUCUGCGGCCGCCUCGCCGCGCCCCAUGGGGAUCGAGAGCUUCUGCAGCGCGGACGCCUACGAACCCUUCUGGGACUGGAACCUGACAUGGCACACAGAAAACCCAGACUUCACCCCAUGCUUUCAGAACACAGUCCUGGUCUGGAUCCCCUGCAUUUACCUCUGGCUCUGCUUCCCCGUGUACUUCCUGUACCUUCGCUGCCAUGACAGGGGGUACAUACAGAUGUCAAGCCUCAACAAAGCCAAGACGGCUUUGGGCCUAGUGCUGUGGCUGGUCUGCUGGGCAGACGUUUUCUACUCUUUCUGGGAAAGAAGUCACAAUACUUUUCAAGCGCCGUUUUUCCUGGCUAGCCCUACAGUGCUGGGUAUAACAAUGUUGAUUGCCACAUUUUUAAUACAAUAUGAAAGAAUAAAAGGAGUACAGUCUUCAGGUGUCAUGAUGAUUUUCUGGCUCAUCUCAUUGUCCUGUGCCACAGUGAUUUUUAGAUCCAAAGUGAUACAUGCCUUAACUCCGGGUGCUGAAGUGGAUGCAUUUCGUUACGUCACCUUCUGCAUCUACUUUGUCCUUUUACUUGUGCAGCUCAUCCUGUCAUGUUUUCCAGAACAACCACCUCUGUUCUCUGAAACAAUAAAUGAUCCUAACCCAUGUCCAGAGUCCAGUGCUUCCUUCCUCUCCAGAAUCACGUUCUGGUGGAUCACUGGGUUGAUGAUUCAGGGUUAUCGGAGGCCAUUGGAAGCCAAGGAUUUGUGGUCACUAAAUAAAGAGGACACAUCAGAGGAGAUAGUGCCAGGUUUGGCUAGAAACUGGGCAAAAGAGUGGGCAAAGACCAAGAGGCAACCGUUAAAUAUGUUGUACUCAUCCAAAAAGCCGCCAAAGCCGAAUGACUCAAACGACGAUGUGACAGAAGAGGCUGAAGCUCUGAUUAUAAAGCCAGCUCAGAAGAGCUCCGAGGCAUCUUUAUUCAAGGUGUUAUAUAAGACCUUUGGGCCAUAUUUUCUGAUGAGCUUCCUGUUUAAAGCUGCACAUGAUCUCUUGAUGUUCGCAGGCCCAGAGAUUCUGAAACUGCUCAUCAACUUUGUAAAUGACAAAGCUGCCCCAAACUGGCAAGGCUACUUCUACACAGUGCUGCUGUUUGUUAGUGCCUGUCUUCAGACCCUGAUUCUGCACCAGUAUUUCCAUAUCUGCUUUGUAACUGGAAUGAGGCUCAAAACAGCUAUCGUGGGGGUGAUUUACCGAAAGGCACUUGUUAUCACAAAUUCUGCUAGAAAGACUUCUACUGUGGGAGAAAUUGUGAAUCUAAUGUCUGUGGAUGCUCAGAGAUUCAUGGACUUGGCUACCUAUAUAAACAUGAUUUGGUCUGCACCUCUCCAGGUGAUCUUGGCACUGUACUUGUUGUGGCAGAAUUUAGGUCCUCCAGUGCUGGCAGGUGUGGCUGUCAUGGUCCUUCUGGUUCCAAUAAAUGCUGUCAUGGCAAUGAAGACAAAAACCUAUCAGGUGGUUCAAAUGAAGAGCAAAGACAACAGAAUUAAGCUGAUGAAUGAAAUUCUCAAUGGUAUUAAAGUUCUGAAACUUUAUGCUUGGGAAUUAGCCUUCAGAGAGAAGAUAUUAGAGAUCCGACAGAAAGAACUCAAAGUCCUAAAAAAAUCUGCUUACCUUGCUGCAAUGGCAACCUUCACCUGGGUUUGUGCUCCUUUUUUGGUUGCCUUGUCCACAUUUUCUGUCUAUGUGAUGAUAGAUGAGAAGAAUAUCUUGGAUGCUCAGAAGGCAUUUGUUUCCCUGGCCUUGUUCAACAUCCUCAGGUUUCCACUGAACAUGCUGCCUAUGGUUAUCAGCAACAUCGUAGAAGCCAGUGUCUCCUUGAAGCGCCUUAGGGUGUUCCUGUCCCAUGAAGAGUUAGAUCCAGACAGCGUAAUCAGAAGUCCCAUCGCAGAGGGUGAAGGAUGCAUUAUUGUAAAGAAUGCGACGUUUAGCUGGGCCAAAACUGAUCCUCCUUCGCUGAAGAGCAUUAAUUUCACUGUUCCUGAAGGCUCCUUGGUGGCUGUUGUUGGUCAGGUUGGCUGUGGGAAGUCUUCAUUGCUGUCUGCCUUACUGGGGGAGAUGGACAAAAGGGAAGGCUAUGUGGUUGUCAAGGGCUUGGUAGCCUAUGUUCCUCAGCAAGCCUGGGUCCAGAAUGCCACCCUGGAAGAGAACAUUAUCUUUGGAAGGGAGAUGAAUGAGAGACGAUACAAGCGUGUGAUUGAGGCUUGUGCACUGCUGCCUGAUAUAGAGAUUCUUCCUUCUGGAGACAAAACAGAGAUAGGAGAGAAGGGGGUGAAUUUGUCUGGAGGCCAGAAGCAGCGAGUCAGCCUUGCCCGGGCAGUUUACUGCAACGCAGACGUCUAUCUGUUUGAUGAUCCUCUGUCAGCUGUUGAUGCACAUGUUGGGAAACACAUCUUUGAAAAAGUUAUUGGACCAAGGGGAAUCCUGAAAAAUAAAACACGGGUUUUGGUGACUCAUGCCAUCAACUAUCUCCCUCAAACGGAUACAAUUCUGGUCAUGUCUGACGGAGAAAUCUCUGAGAUGGGCUCCUACCAGCAGCUGCUGCAGCAAGAUGGGGCUUUUGCUGAGUUUCUCCGCACGUAUGCGAACGCUGAGCAAAGCACAGAGAGCGGUGAUACAAAUAGUCCAUCUGGAAAAGAAGGAAAGCCUGUUGAAAAUGGAGUCCUUCUGAAGGAAGCCCCUGGAAAGUUGAUGCACAGGCAGCUCAGCAGCUCUUCGACGUACAGCAGGGACACAGGGAAGUCACAGCACCAGAGCAGCACAGCAGAGCUGCAGAAGCCACUCGCUGAGAAGAAUUCCUGGAAGCUGACGGAGGCUGACACAGCGAAGACUGGCAGGGUGAAAGCGUCAGUGUACUGGGACUACAUGAAAGCAAUCGGGCUCUUCAUCUCUUUCCUGAGCAUUUCCCUCUUUGUGUGCAAUCAUGUGGCCUCCCUGGCUUCCAACUACUGGCUGAGCUUGUGGACAGAUGAUCCUGUUGUCAACGGGACGCAGCGCUACACCAACGUCAGGCUGGCCGUGUACGGAGCGCUGGGCAUCUCCCAAGGUAUUGCUGUCUUUGGCUACUCGAUGGCUGUCUCAGUGGGGGGGAUAUUUGCCUCACGACACCUGCACCUUAACCUGCUGCACAACGUGCUCAGGUCUCCAAUGAGCUUCUUCGAGCGCACGCCCAGUGGCAAUCUGGUGAACCGCUUCUCUAAGGAGAUAGACACCAUUGACUCCACCAUCCCACCCAUCAUCAAGAUGUUUAUGGGCUCAACCUUUAAUGUGAUUGGGGCUUGUAUCAUCAUUCUGCUGGCCACACCUAUUGCUGCUGUCAUCAUUCCACCGCUGGGACUUGUCUACUUGUUUGUGCAGAGGUUUUAUGUGGCCACUUCUCGCCAGCUGAAGCGCCUCGAGUCCGUCAGUCGCUCUCCUGUGUAUUCGCACUUCAACGAGACUCUCCUGGGAGUCAGCGUCAUCCGCGCCUUCCGGGAGCAGAGGCGCUUCAUCAAGCAGAACGACGCGAAGGUGGACGAGAACCAGAAAGCUUACUACCCGAGCAUCGUCGCCAACAGGUGGCUGGCUGUCCGUCUGGAGUACGUGGGGAACUGCAUCGUGCUCUUCGCUGCGCUCUUUGCGGUCAUUGCGCGCAGCAAGCUCAGCGCAGGACUGGUUGGCCUCUCGGUGUCCUACUCGCUGCAGAUCACGGCGUACCUGAACUGGCUGGUUCGCAUGUCGUCUGAGCUGGAGACCAACAUCGUUGCUGUGGAGAGAGUCAAAGAGUAUGCAGAAAUGGAGAAGGAGGCUGAAUGGAGUAUUGAACAAACAGCCCCAGCAAGGAGCUGGCCUGAAGAGGGGAAGGUGGAGUUCCGAGGCUAUGGUUUGCGUUACCGGGAGGACUUGGAUUUGGUUCUGAAAAACAUCAAUGUUACCAUCAGUGGGGGUGAGAAGAUUGGGAUAGUUGGAAGAACAGGAGCUGGAAAAUCCUCACUCACUUUGGGUUUGUUUCGGAUUAAUGAAGCAGCCGAAGGGGAAAUCAUUAUCGAUGGAGUUAAUAUCGCGAAGAUAGGACUCCACGACUUGAGGUUCAAGAUCACCAUCAUCCCUCAGGAUCCAAUAUUGUUUUCUGGCUCUCUGCGAAUGAAUCUUGAUCCUUUUGACCAACACUCUGAUGAAGACAUAUGGAGGUCUUUGGAAUUGGCUCACCUGAAAAACUUUGUGUCAUCCCUUCCUGAUAAACUUAACCAUGAGUGUGCUGAAGGUGGAGAGAACCUCAGUGUGGGACAGCGCCAGCUGGUGUGCCUGGCACGAGCCCUGCUCAGAAAGUCCAAAAUCCUGGUUCUAGAUGAAGCCACAGCUGCUGUUGAUCUUGAAACAGAUCAGCUGAUACAGUCAACAAUAAGGUCGCAGUUUGAGGAGUGCACUGUACUAACGAUAGCACAUCGUCUGAACACCAUCAUGGACUACACAAGAGUUCUAGUCCUGGACAGAGGAGAAGUGGUGGAGUGUGGUAGCCCAGACCACCUACUUCAGGAAAAAGGCAUUUUCUAUAGUAUGGCCAAAGAUUCAGGCUUGGUGUAGCAUUUGAACUUGGUUAGUUGCUGUGGGGAAGAGGAGGAGUGACACAUUCAGAGACCUCUAACCUCCUCUGAGCUGGGGUGAGCCCUGCAGUUCAACUUCAGUCCCAGGGGAGUCAUCCAGAGCAUGGUGAUGGAAGUAACACAAAAAUGCAACCUUUUUUUCUGGUUUCUAUUCUCCUUAGAACUGAUUUUUAACCUGCUUUAGGAGAAGCACAGGCGCUGUGCAAAGCACUCCAAAGACUUUCCUUUUUGCCUGAAACCUGUUCUACGCUGAAGUACAAGGCAGUGUGGGAAGGUCAGAAGAGCUUUUCCUGUGCUCUGGAGCCCUCUUUCUGUUGUCUGAACCACUUCUGCAGAUGCUACUUACUUGCUUGUUUGCCGAUUCCUCGUUUGAGCCAUCUCUUGUGGGCUGCAAACAGUUUGUGGCAUAUAGUCCAAAGAUUUUUCUUCUUGUGACACAAGCUGUGUGCCAGACAUUGUCCUGUACCUGGUUCAUGCUUUGACACAUUGUCCUCAAGGCUCCUCCGUGAGUUUACAGUGUACAGCAGCAAGCUCACUGGAGUGUGUCAGUGGUGCUGAUGUGCAAACAGUCAACUCCAAAGCAGUAUUGAAGUGUGUCUAGAAUGACAAUCACCCCAAAACCAAACUGGUGCAGCAGCUGGGGGUGCCUGAUCUCACACACAUUUCACUCAGGAAUUCUGACUUGGGAGGUGCAUCCUGGUUGUGCCCUUGGGGACUAGACCCCAGUCUAGCGGCUGCAGGCUCGGGUGUGCCAUUGAUUGUAACCCCCUGGGCUCUGGCAGGUGCUUUAAUCGGAGCUCUGCCGCAAGGACCAGCAGCCUUACACCCAAGAACCAUGCCCUUCAUGCUGCUGCUGGCAGACUUUGUGGGAAGCUGUUCAAAACAAAAAAGUUCUGUUUCAAAGUUCUGUGUCAGAGGCAUCUAACAAUGCAACUAGCAAUGGGGUCUCAGUUGCAAGAUCUGUGUUGAAUGUUCACUUUUCUGUGGGAAGAAAAAAUUUCCUUUUCCCGUGUUCUAAUUAGUCUUAUUUUCAAGGAAAAUGCUGGAGGAAGGUCACCCGAAGUCAGAAGGCCCCAGACCCUCAGUGCUCUGCGAAUGGGGGCUUCUGUUCGUGACACUGCUGACCUUACCACUCGACAACUGUCGUCUUUAGAGUAAAGCUAUUUAUUUUUUUGUAAAUGAAGACUCUCUGAAAUGGAAUAGAUCAUCAUCUUCUGGGGUAUUUUUUGUAAUGACUGCAGGAAUAUUUGCAGAGAACUUGCAGUAAACAAUUGUUUGGAAGAUAA